CAAAAUAUAUAGUACACAUACAGUACUUAUUGUAUAUCGACUUUCUCAUUGUGACAUUUUGACAUUCUAUGUGUACUUUGUUUUCUCUGUAGGGUAUUCUCAUUCGGUAUUGGCCCCAGAGUAUCGUACGGUCUUGUCAAUGGCAUUGCGGAAGCUGGCAGAGGAGCCGCAGAGUUUAUCGGCACAGAUGAGAGGAUGCAGAGCAAGGUUAUAUCUUCGGUUAAAAAAGCAUUGCAACCUUUCAUCAGCGAAGUGACAAUCGAGUGGUCUUUGCCAGCUGGUCUGCAGGUCAGUCAGAGUUUCACUGAGACCCCCACGCUGAUGCCCGGAGAACGCUUAAUAAUCUACGGUAUCCUCUACGACACAUGCGCAGUUACGAGACAGAGCGAAGAAACAACGAGCGCCCCAAAGCGAAGUCCGUAUAACGAGAAGGUGUCUUCAAAGGAUAUAUGUAGUUAUGAUGAAGUUACUAACGUGAAUAAUAAUAACGUGGAUGAGCUAAAGCCUGUUCCGCAAGUAAAUCAUCUCGACAGUAGCGCGUUAGUGGCACUACGACAGAAGCUAUCUCGUGACGAGUCAGAGUCUGACAAGAACGAAGUAGAAGAGAUAGUCGAUGACCAGGUUCAACAACGAUACUUCGACAUCUUGUCUCGGAGUGGUAGAGCUUUGUCCAAUCCCGAGACUGCCUUCGAUUCCGCGCUUCUUCGAAAACUACUGGACAGCCUAGCCGAGGAGCAAAGAGCAAAGGCAGUAAGGAAAGAGGAGCGAAGGGCUAAAUAUCGGGAGAGACUGACUAACAACAACGGACCGAGACGAAAAAUCAGCGAUAUCGUCCUUGCACCAUUCAGUUCAGAAUGGGACAAUUUGCUUCAGGGUUUGGAACCAAGUCCCUGUGACAGUUUGUUUCGAUUUUCCUGGGACGAGGAUGGGCUACUCCCGUUAAAGGAAGGGGGUAAAGAGGGUGUCGCUGUAUUGAGAGGACUGUUCUGUGGCCGGCCUUUCCAUUGCCAAAUAUAUUUCGAUUUGUCCAGCAUUAUUGAUGGGUCACCUAGGUCUCUGAACGAGGAGGAGUUCUUUGAUGACACAGUUCACCGCUUAGCAGCAAAGUCUUGUAUACAAGCAGUUGAGAGCUUGUACUACCAAACUGCAAACAAUGAAGCCGCGGCGAAAGAUGGAAAUACCACAUCAUGUGACGUCAUCAACGAUUGUGAGAGCUCUGCGAAACUGAAGACUAAAAGCGUUGAGAUAAGUGAAGCCAGUGGCGUUAUAUCGAGACAGACUACCUUUGUUACUGUAAACCAAGAAACAAACGAAGAGCUGCCUAACUUUGUCCAGACUCAGUCGAUAAAUCGGGGUAUCCAGAAGACAAUCUUUCGACGCUGUUCUCAACGCCGUAGUGGUUAUACAGCAGGCCUGGGUAGGCGCCUUGAUGCUUCUUUUAAUGACACUGAUGAGGACGUGUUUCUUUCAACCGGUUUUCCUGAUCCUCUGUCUAAUUCCAGUCAUCCCAUAUACAGUGGAGGUUGUCCCUUGGAUGAGUACGUUGAUCCUCCAAGUCCCAGUCCUACAUAUCUUACAAAGGGAACAAUGUUUGGUCGUCACUUUUCAUUCAGCACAUCCAUAAGUUCAACAGCCAUAAAUAAUGAUGAACGUUCGUCGUCUCUGAAAAAGAAAGCAACCUCUCUAUUAGCUGGGAAGCUGUCACGGGGCAGACUGGGCAGUGUACCUUCAAAGAAACCGAUGUUCAAAGCAUUCAUUCCUGACCGAACACUAAGUACAGAAAUGGUUGAGCUGAUCUCAUUGGUGGAUCUACAGAUGGCAUGCGGUGCCUGGGAGCUCAAUUAUAAAUUGGCGGAAGCAAUUGACAUACCUCUGGAAAGUUUAAGACGAUCAUCUCCUCUUUGUUACAUGCGUCCUCCUGCGUGCACGUGUGGCCAGGAGAUACAGAUCCGAGUGGAAGAUCUCUCUGAGGAAGUGGACAGUGGAGAAGAACGUGAAUCAGAUGAUCGCGGGAGUAGUGCUAGUACUCCUGGCACUCUUAGGAGACAACAACGUGUUUCCGAAGAUGAUGCUCAUACAGCAGAAUUGGUGGAUGGCGACAUCCCGGGGCAAAGUGAUGAUAACCCGGAUUGUGAUCUCCCAAAAACGACUCCAAAAAAGAUUAACGCCAAGAGUAGGCAAGGAAGUCGAGAGGUUCCAGUAACACAGAGUGAGAAGCGUGAGACAAUAGCUUUGUUUCCUGAGAGCGGGAUGACAAAGAGACGAAAGUUCAGCACUAGUAAAGAUUCGAAAGAUUCUUCUUUGUCGAUGCACAAUUCAAGCCAGGAAAUACCUUCAAAAAGACCGGAGUCCUAUCGCUUUGGUAGAUUUUCAACAACAGAUGAAGAAUUUUCAGAGUUCUCUGAUGUAUUUUCACCUACGUCGCCGCCCGACUUUGGAACGCCCAUUUUCCGUAUUGAUGACGAGGAAACCAACCAGUUAUGGGCCACAUCGCUUGCUCUCUCCUGGCUUGAAUAUAAAUGUUCCAGUUUUUUUGAAGAAUGGGAACUCAUUGCAGCAAAAGCUGACAGAUGGUUGUCUGUUCAGAACUUGCCAAAUGGAUUUGAUUUGCCGAGUCUUAAAGCUGCUGCAGCUCAGGUAUUGGUGCUAUUAGGCAGGCCAAAGUUACAAAGGCAGGCCAGCGUUGGUCAGUAA